GGAGAGAAGGAGGGAGAGAGGGAAGGAGGGAGGGAGGGAAGGAGGGAGGGAGGGAGCGAAGACAAAGUGGUGCAAAUCCAAACCCAGCUCCACACACAAAAAGAAGAAAUCAUGUGAUAGAAACGGAAAUGGCCAACAGCUGGUGCGUGUCGCAGUGCUUCCGAGAGAGAGAGGGAGAGAACAAAAGGGACAACACUCACCGGCUAGAACAACAAAAGAAGCUUUCUCCUUCCUCAUUCUCGGAUCUUUAAUUUUUCCAGCAGGCCACUGGGAUUUAUUGACUGGCUUAUUUCUUCUUCUGGAGAGGGAUUGAAGAUGGCUCCUGAUGAAUGAGUUUUUAUUUUUUCCUCACUUAAAAAUGACACUUGGGGGCUGAGUCUUGCGUUGACGUUUGCCUGAAGAAGUUGUGCAGGGAUUGAGCCUGGGUCUUUUGUUAGCGACUGGCUGUGUUUGUCCACGGAUCGGAUUCCUCCACACCUCUGGCUGCCUCCUUUGUUUUGCUUCCUCUUGGUACUGUCAAUGUAAUGGAACUAAUGUUUGCAGAGUGGGAGGAUGGUGAGCGCUUCUCCUUCGAAGACAGUGACCGCUUUGAAGAGGAUUCUCUCUGCUCCUUUAUCUCUGAAGCCGAGAGCCUGUGCCAGAACUGGCGGGGUUGGAGGAAGCAGUCUGCUGGUCCCAACUCACCCACUGUUAAAAUCAAAGAUGGCCAGGUGACCCCUCUAGUGGAGCUGUCUGCCAAGCAGGUAGCCCUCCACAUUCCCUUUGAGGUGGUGGAGAAGGUUUACCCUCCGGUUCCUGAGCAGCUGCAGCUACGCAUCGCUUUCUGGAGUUUCCCUGAGAACGAGGAGGACAUCAGGUUGUACUCGUGCCUGGCUAAUGGCAGCGCUGACGAGUUCCAACGGGGGGACCAACUCUUCAGAGUGCGGGCAGUUAAAGAUCCACUUCAGAUAGGAUUCCACCUGAGUGCCACUGUGGUUCCACUGCAGACGGCUCAGGCCAAGGGGGCCUUCAAUGUGGCCGUGAUGUUUGACCGUUGCAGGAUAACAUCGUGCAGUUGUACGUGUGGGGCGGGGGCUAAGUGGUGUGCGCACGUGGUGGCUCUCUGUCUCUUCCGCAUACACAACGCAUCUGCCGUUUGUCUUCGGGCUCCAGUGUCUGAGUCGCUAUCCCGGUUACAGAGGGACCAGCUCCAGAAGUUCGCUCAGUAUCUGAUCAGUGAGUUGCCUCAACAGAUCCUCCCCACAGCCCAGCGUCUCCUGGAUGAGCUGUUGUCAUCACAGUCUACGGCAAUCAACACUGUCUGCGGAGCUCCAGACCCAACAGCAGGGCCAUCUGCCUCAGACCAGAGCACAUGGUACCUUGAUGAAUCCACACUCAGUGACAACAUCAAGAAAACCCUUCACAAGUUCUGCGGGCCAUCUCCUGUUGUCUUCAGUGACGUUAACUCCUUGUACCUUUCAUCAACGGAGCCACCAGCUGCGGCGGAGUGGGCUUGCCUCCUGCGUCCUCUGCGUGGCCGAGAACCCGAGGGCAUCUGGAACCUUCUGUCCAUUGUCCGUGAGAUGUUUAAACGGCGCGACAGUAACGCAGCGCCCCUCCUGGAGAUCCUCACUGACCAGUGCUUGACCUACGAGCAGAUCAUCGGCUGGUGGUACAGUGUGCGGACAUCGGCAUCGCACAGCAGUGCCAGCGGGCAUACGGGCCGCAGUAACGGGCAGACGGAGGUGGCAGCGCACGCCUGUGCCAGCAUGUGUGACGAGAUGGUCGUAUUGUGGAGGCUGGCCGUGCUGGACCCCACCAUGAGCCCCCAAAGGAGGAAAGAGCUGUGUGCUCACCUGAGGCAGUGGCAUCUGAAGGUGAUAGAGAUUGUGAAGAGGGGCCAGCAUCGUAAAUCACUGGACAAGCUGUUCCAGGGCUUCAAGCCGGCAGUGGAGGCUUGCUACUUCAGCUGGGAGGAUGCGUUUCCCAUCCCGGGCAUCACCUACAACGGAGCGGAGAAGAAGACCUCAUUCUGCUGGACCAAGGCCAUGCAGCACAAGGGCAGCAAGCGGGCCGGUGAGGCGCAGGAGGUGGGCGGUGAAGCUCGGCUGCCCAAGGGUCAGGAGGUUGCGGGAGGCAAGGGGGGGCUGGGAGACAAGAACCGGAGCCCGCACGAGAUGGCCGUGAGGCCGAAGGACAGCGGGGCCAAGAGGAAGGGUGGCUCGGAUCCCUCGCGUGGCGGUGGGGGCACGGGCAGGCCGGUGGCGGACACGGACAAGCCCGUCUACAAGCUGAGCGCCAACAAGUGCAAACUGCCCCAGGCCAAGUUCACCACCGGCAAACACUCGGGCAAGAGGCGGACCAGCAGUGAGGACAGCUCGCUGGAGCCGGACCUGGCCGAGCUGGGCCUGGACGAUGGCAAUCUAGCCCUGGGCGCUGAGGCCUGCAACACCUUCGACUUCGACGACCCGGCCAACAGCUACAAGGACCUGUACCCCGACGAGACCGAGGGCUUCUUCCCCGAGAGCUACGAGCAGGACACCAGCAGCGGGCCCUCCAACAGGCCAAGCAGCAAGCAGGCGGACGGAGCCAGCAAUGGGGAGCAGGCGGCCCUUCCUCCACCCGAACUCUUGUCCAAACGGCUACACACAGAGGCUUCAGACGGGCCUGUCGCUGGGGAUGAUGACUACCAAGUCUAUUACCUCAAUCCCCAGGAAGUUGCCCAAGGGGAUGAAAAACCAGAGGAGUGCAAUGACGAGGAACACGACAUCUUCGCUGGAUUGAAGCCUCUCGAUCAGGAGAAUCGAAUGGAGGUCCUGUUUGCCUGUGCAGAGGCUCUGUACGCCCACGGCUACAACAAUGAGGCUUGCCGACUGGCCAUCGACCUGGCCAGGGAUCUCUUGGCCAAUCCUCCCGACCUGAAGGUGGAACAGCCACAAACUAAGGGCAAGAAGAACAAAGUUUCGACUCACAAACAGACUCUGAUUGCAACCAAUACCCUGGCCAAAGCAGCCUUCCUGUUGGUGGUCCUGAGUGAGAGACUGGAGCUACAUAACCUGGCCUACUGCAUAGGCAUGUUCUCCCUGGAGCUGCAGAGACCACCAGCAUCAACAAAAGCCCUGGAGGUUAAACUUGCGUACCAGGAAUCGGAAAUCGUGGCGCUGUUGAAGAAGAUUCCUCUGGGGAUCAUUGAGAUGAACACCAUCCGUGAAAGGGCGGAGCAGCUGCGAGAGGGGAACUUGUGCGACUACAGGCCGGUGCUGCCCCUCAUGCUGGCCAGCUUCAUCUUUGAUGUCCUGUGUACACCAGUGGUCUCGCCGACGGGGUCGAGACCCCCGAGCCGGAAUCGUAACAACGAGAUGCCUGGCGAUGAGGAGCUUGGUUUCGAGGCGGCUGUGGCAGCUCUGGGCAUGAAGACCACGGUGAGUGAGGCCGAGCACCCCUUGUUAUGUGAAGGGACCCGGAGAGAGAAAGGAGACCUGGCACUUGCCCUCAUGAUCACCUACAAAGAUGACCAAGCCAAGCUCAAAAAAAUCCUGGACAAGCUGUUGGAUCGGGAGAGCCAGACCCACAAACCCCAGACCCUCAGCUCCUUCUACUCGUCCAGCAAGCCCCUGCCUGCCAGCCAGAAGUCCCCGUCCAAGCACGGCUCCCAGACCGCGGCCAACGUCCAGCAGGUGACCAGCGCCGCGUCCACCGCACAGACGGCCGGUGUGGCCACCCCGGCUCACAACACCGCCGCCUCCGACAACUUUCCAGAAGGUUCUGCUCAAGAGAAUGCUCAGCGGGCCCCCAGCGAGCCCCCGAGCGAGUCCGGAACCUUCCGGCAGGAGGGCAAGAUCCCGAGCAGACUGACGCUCGGCAGCAGAGGCGGCUACAAUGGCCGGUGUUGGGGAUCACCUGUCCGGCAGAAGAAGAAGCACACAGGGAUGGCCAGCAUUGACAGCAGUGCCCCAGAGACCACGUCGGACAGUUCCCCCACCCUCAGCCGCCGGCCCAUGCGCGGAGGAUGGACGGCCGCCUCGUGGGGCCGCGGGCAGGACAGUGACAGCAUCAGCAGCUCCUCCAGCGACUCCCUGGGCUCCUCCUCAUCCAGCGGCAGCCGGCGGGCCAGUGGUGGUGCCCGCACCAAGAGCACAGACGUGGGCAGGUACAAGGGCAGGAGACCAGAAUGCCACGCUCCACACGUGCCCAACCAGCCCUCGGAGGCAGCAGCCCACUUCUACUUUGAGUUGGCCAAGACAGUGCUGAUCAAAGCGGGCGGCAACAGCAGCACCUCCAUCUUCACCCACCCGUCUGCCAGCGGUGGGCACCAGGGCCCACACCGUAACCUCCACCUCUGUGCGUUUGAGAUCGGACUCUACGCCCUGGGGCUCCACAACUUUGUGUCUCCCAACUGGCUGUCCAGAACAUAUUCUUCCCACGUCUCCUGGAUAACAGGACAAGCCAUGGAGAUCGGGAGUGCGGCGUUGAACAUCUUGGUGGAGUGUUGGGACGGUCACCUGACUCCCCCCGAGGUGGCCUCGCUCGCAGAUCGCGCAUCUCGUGCCCGAGACCCCAACAUGGUGCGGGCAGCGGCAGAGCUGGCGCUGAGCUGCCUACCCCACGCACACGCACUCAACCCCAACGAAAUCCAGAGGGCACUGGUCCAGUGCAAGGAGCAGGACACCAGCAUGCUGGAGAAGGCGUGCAUGGCGGUGGAGGAAGCUGCCAAGGGCGGUGGUGUGUACCCGGAGGUGCUGUUUGAGGUGGCCCACCAGUGGUACUGGCUGUACGAGCAGACGGCGGGCGUUUCUCAGCAGCGGGAGCUGUCGGCCAUGGUGGGCCGCGGGCCCCACGAGGGGGUCCGGGGGUCCGUUGACCACGGAGCGCUGGCAGACGGUCCCUCCACGGUCACCGUGGCAGCCACCGUGACGGCUACAGCCGUGGUGCCGGUCAUCACCGUGGGCUCCACCAUGUACCAGCAGCACACCAUCGCGGGGACGGCCAUCGCUCACCCCCACGCGCAGGUGUUCCCUUCCAGCGCCACCAUGACCCACCCCUACACCACCAUCCAGACUCACAUCCCAUCUGUCUGCAACACCGCCUACCUUGGCCACCCCAUCCAGCAUGUCCCACGGCCUGCCAUCUUCCCCGUCGCUGGAGCUGCAUACCCACAGGGGAUACAUCCAGCAUUCAUUGGAGCCCAGUACCCAUACACUGUGGCGACCACAACACACCCGGCCAUGUCGGCUCCACCUGUCACCUUCGCUGGUGUUCCUGUACCCCCAAUGGCCCCCAUGGCCGUGCACCCCUACCAGGCCGACCCCAACCUGCCCCUGACGUCAACCGUAGCAGGUAUGGACCACAACAAACGCUUAGUUUACCUUGCCAGUGUACAGACAGGCACUACGUUCCAGGCUGUGCAGGGCCCGUCACUGCCUGUCCUGUCAGCCCAGGGCUCAUCCAUUGUGGCCGCCACGUUCCCCACAGAGGAUGAGAUGCAUUCUCAGCCCGUCAGCCCGCAGGGCCUGCACUACCUGCACUCCGCCUACAGACUCGGAAUGUUGGCGCUGGAGAUGCUGGGACGAAGGGCUCACAACGACCACCCAAAUAAUUACUUCUCUCGGAGCCCCCCGUACACUGAGGACGUCAAGUGGCUUCUAGGAUUAGCCACGAGGCUCGGUGUGAACUACGUCUACCAGUUCUGCAUGGGGGCGGCCAAAGGGGUCUUGAGUCCAUUUGUCCUGCAGGAAAUAAUCAUGGAGGCCUUGCAGCGUCUAAAUCCUGCUCACAUCCACACUCACCUGCGGACGCCAGCCUUCCACCAGCUUGUUCAGAGAUGCCAGCAAGCAUACAUGCAGUGCAUCCAGUACAGGCUGUACCACAUCACGCCCACAGACUACGACGACUUUGUCAACAUUAUCCGCAGCGCACGCAGCGCUUUCUGCCUGACUCCCGUGGGAAUGAUGCAGUUCAACGAAAUCCUACAGAAUCUAAAACGGGCAAAGGGCCAGAGCAAGGACUUGUGGCAAAGGAUCUCGUUGGAAAUGGCGACCUUCUCCCCUUGAUGUCUGUCAGCAGCUGCGUGAGGCUCUAGGGUAUACAUUUUUAACCUCCCCCUCCCCACCCCCCC